AUGUCCAGUACCCAAACCACCGAGACCGCCACCACUGAGGCGAAGCCCUUCUUCACCUACGGGGCGCAAUUUGAGAAUAAAGACCUUGUUGACUUUGACGAGAACCGACACUACGGCGACUGGCGCGAUGAGUUCCACAAGACCGGCUGCGUGGUCAUCAAGAACGUCCUGAGUAAAGAGCGCGCCCAGUACUACUGCGACAAGCAGAUCGAGUGGUUGAAGAAGUUCGACCUGGGCUUCGACGAGAAAGCCCCCGAGACGUGGACGGCCGACCACCUCCCAGUCAGCUUCAAAGGUGGCAUGUACUUUGCGUACGGCGCUACCCACGAGAAGAUGGCCUGGGAGGCGCGCACCGAGCCGGCUAUCGUCGAGAUCUUUGAGAAACUGUGGGAGACCAAGGAGCUCAUAUGCUCCUUUGACGGUAUGAACGUCUCUAUGCCUAACAGGAAAGACCUUAGCUGGUCACCUUGGCCACACUGUGACCAGAACCCGGAACGCAAGGGCAUGCAAGCCGUCCAGGGCUUCAUCAACUAUGCCCCCAACGGCCCCAAGGACGGCGGCCUCGUGCUCAUGAAGGGCUCAGCCAAGCUCUUCAACGAGUUCUUCUCGGAGAAGCGCGAGCAGGACGACCACGAGGACGCGCCUCCGCCCGAGAUCAAGUUCAUGGACCUCUUCCUCUUCAAUAAGAAGGACGUCAAGUGGUUCGAGGACCAUGGCUGCGAGCUGGUCAAGGUCGACAUGGAGCCCGGCGACUUCGUGCUCUGGGACUCGCGCACCAUGCACUACGCCAAGCUCCCCGAGGGCGACCAGAUCCGCCACGUCCAGUACAUCUGCAUGACGCCGCGCAGGUUCGCGACCCCGGAGGCGCUCGAGGCCAAGAAACUGUGCUUUGAGAAGUACUACGGCACCACCCACUGGCCGCAUUGCAAUGUACGCCCUUCGUCGGAGAAGCCAAUGAGGAACGGGCAGGUCUGUCCCAAGUACAGGGCAGAGCCGUUUGAGAAGCCGGUAAUCACGGACCAGGUGCUGCGCCUCGCUGGAAUUAAGCCGUACUAG